AUGAAUGUUUUUAAAGACCAUAUAAGAAGCCUUCAAAAUUUUCACAAUGAACGAUUUAUUAAUCUUCAUUCAUUCAAAGAAUUCCUUGAUUUUCGAAGACUUGCAUGGCCAAGAGACAUUAUUGAUGUACAGCAGCGUAUGCGUUGCAACCUUUCUCGGUUUUCAUCGAAUUAUGCAAUUUGUUUUGGUCUAAUUGUUCUUUAUUUCCUACUCACUAAUCCAUUGUUACUUUUUGUACUUUUAUUUACUACAGGAGGUUUCUUUGGAAUAAGUCGCCUAAAUGGUCAAAAUCUUCACAUAGGGCAUAUAUUCUUUUUAGUUCCGUGUUUUUCAAUAACUUUUAAAGCUUUACUUAUUAUUACUAUCCCUCUUGGCUUUAUUGCAUCACCUAUAUCAACAAUUCUUUCGAUUAUUGGCGCUAGUAGUAUAAUUAUUAUGAGUCAUUCCAUUCUUCUUGAACCUCCAAUAACAUGCACUUUUGAAGAUGGUGAUGCUUAA